UUACGGCCAAGACUUCCCUGCUUUUUCUGCCAAAAUGUGUGUCAGAUUUAAGACACAUGCUCCUGCAAGCUUCCAUGAGGGUUGUGAAAAAAGUUUGAAUCCACAACUGGGUCCCAGCCUUCUGUAGCUGCAAACAUUGGUGGCCAAACCACCUCCUUCUAAAACAACUCAAACCUGGGGCACAGGGGGGGAAGAUUUUUUUUUUUUUAGUUUGCUGGAAAUGAAAUGGACUUAGAGGCUUUCUCAUUUCAAGUAGAAGACAUAUCCACUUCCUGAUUAUUUUUGGAGCGUACGAACAUUUAAACUUUUUUUCAGUUCUCUCCCCCCCAUAAGAUUGUGCAGAAACGUACCUUGACUAAUUGAUUUUGAUCACAACUGAUUAUUUGUUUUUCCCUGUGAACUCCUGGGGUUUCGAACUUUCCUUCUGGAGAAUAUGCCUUUUGAACCAGUUUGCUCUAGCUGCCUGAGGUCAACUGCUUGGUAAUCAGUGGAUAUUAGAAUAUUCAAAAUGUACAGACAGUGGGCAGUGGUGAAUAUUUUCAUGAUGUCUUCUCUGCAGUUGGUGCAGAGCUCCAGUUAUGAACAUGGACCAGUGAAGCGGGCAUCCCGGUCAAUGUUAGAACAAUCUGAGCAGCAGAUUAGGGCGGCUUCGGGUUUGGAGGAACUACUGCAGAUCACCCACUUCGAGGACUGGAAGCUGUGGAGAUGCCGACUGAAGCUCAAAAGUCUCACCAGCGCGGACUCUCGCUCAGCAUCCCAUCGGUCCACCAGGUUUGCGGCCACUUUCUAUGACAUUGAGACGCUAAAAGUUAUAGAUGAGGAAUGGCAAAGGACGCAGUGCAGCCCUCGAGAGACGUGCGUGGAGGUGGCCGGCGAGCUGGGGAGAAGCACUGACACGUUCUUCAAGCCCCCCUGCGUGAACGUGUUCCGGUGUGGCGGCUGCUGCAAUGAAGAGAGCCUCGUCUGUGUCAACAGCAGCACCUCGUACGUUUCCAAACAGCUCUUUGAGAUAUCAGUACCUUUGACAUCAGUACCUGAAUUAGUGCCUGUUAAAGUUGCCAACCAUACAGGUUGUAAGUGCUUGCCAACAGCUCCCCGCCAUCCGUACUCGAUUAUUAGAAGAUCCGUCCAGAUCCCCGAAGAAGAUCGCUGUUCCCAUUCCAAGAAACUCUGUCCUAUUGACAUGCUCUGGGACAGCAACAAAUGUAAAUGUGUUUUACAGGAGGAGAAUCCACUCGCCGGAAUGGAAGAUGACGCUCAUCUCCAGGAGCUGGCUCUCUGCGGUCCACACAUGAAGUUUGAUGAAGAUCGUUGUGAGUGUGUCUGUAAAACGCCAUGUCCCAGAGAUCUCAUCCAGCACCCAGAAAACUGCAGUUGCAUUGAGUGCAGAGAAACUCUGGAGAGCUGCUGCCAGAAGCACAAGAUAUUUCACCCAGACACCUGCAGCUGUGAGGACAGAUGCCCCUUUCACAUGAGAACCUGUGCAAAUGGAAAACCAGCAUGUCCAAAGCAUUGCCGCUUUCCAAAGGAGAGAAGGGCCGCCCAUGGGCUCCACGAUCGAGAAAAUCCUUGAUUCAGCCUUGAUCCCCACCCAGUUCCCCAUCCCUGUCGUUUUAAACAGCAUGCUGCUUUGCCAAGUUGCUGUCACUGUUCCAGGUGUUAGAAAAAAAAUCCGCGUUACAUAGUACUAUGGUGAAUCCAGAUGGACCUUCCAUUAAACACCAGCUGAGGAUCCCCUGGCUCUCUGACAGAUGUCUUCUAACUGAAGGUGCUCUGCACACCAAGGAAUGGAGAGUGAAAAAGGUUUGAUCAUCGUGGAAUGACAGGUACCAUGUGAUUAAUUACUCAGAGCAGAUGAGGCAGUUCGCAUAGUCUUCGAGUCCUUUGCUAAUUGCAACUCUCUUGUGAAUUAUUCUGAUUCUUUCUUAUGCCGAUUUUGAUUUGUAUGAUCAGCACUGAUUAUCUGAUUACUGUCCAGCUUGUAGUUUUGAGUUUACCAAACUACUGUCUGUUGUUUCAUAUUUAAGUGUAUUUAAAGAAAAUAAACACAUCAUUCA